CAGACUAGAGGACUAGUAAACCUCUCAUCGGCGAUUUCGAUGAACUCUUUUCUAAGUCCGAGUAGUAGUAUCAGAUCAACAACAAGUACACCAUCCAAAAAUAAAUUUUCAAGAUCGAUGGGAUUUUCAUCACCCUCUAAAUCCAAACUAUCAAAUGUAUUAUCACCUCAGAAAACGCCAAGAAAGAAAAAAGCAAAUGAAAAUGUUGAAAAGGAUGAAGUUACAAUAAGUUCAGUAUAUGGAAUUUCAAUCUUGAUUAAAAGUUUAAAAAGUUUAGAAAGAGAAAAGAAAGUGAUUGAUGAAUUAUUAAAAGAAGUGAUUAUAAAUGAAGAAAGAUUGAUCAAGAGGAAACGUAAAUAUCAAUCAGAUGAUCGUAAUGAAAAAGAGUUUAUUGGUCAAGUUGGAAAAAGGAUUGGGAAUGAAGAGAAUCAAGAAGAAGAAGAAGAAGAGGCUGUUAAGAAUAGGAUUGUAGGUGUUAAUGAUGAAGGAUCUGUAAGAGAUUAAAUUAAUCUUAUCUGUUAUUAUAUAAGGUAAUUUACCUUUGAUCUAUAUUUGUUUUAAGUCAACACGUUGUUUUUCAGUUUUCAGUUUUUAGUCAUUUUUUAUUUUUCUCUCUCAGUUGUUAGUGUCAUCAGUUUGGGUGCAUGGAUCAUUUUUAUUCUUAUGAGCUC